GGCCUGUGGACCACAAGGUUAACCUUCUACCCACUCACUUUACUUGAUCCUGACAGUGCCCACCUUUUUCUUCGUAUCUUUUGACCUUUCUCGUCACGUUACUCUGUGUUGUGCUGCAGACGGACCAAAAUCAGGGCCCUUGACAGCUGAGCUGCAGCGCUGCACGCAUCAAUUGCAUCAUCACUGGCACGAUACGAUACGAUACGAUACGAUACGAAGUCGGUCUUCCCAUCUGAGUAUCAACCAUCCAACAACUUCCACCCUCACGUCGACAACGUCCUCCAUCAAGAAGUUUCGACGUUUCUUCCAUCGUGACACCAUUUACAGCAUCCCUUUCUGAACCCUCACUCGCUGGGUUCUUUCCCCUACUUCACUUCAAUCGUUUUUGGAGCGUUCGGCCCGCUCUUCGAAAGCCCUGGGGUAGAUAGCAAACCGAGGCAGGCUGUGGACGGACCACCAGCAGGGACAAUAAAAGUGUCAGGGCAGCGGCGAUCGACGACGUGACUCGACACGAAGCUGAAUCACCGCGAGCAUCAUCGACGCAUACGCACCUCGAUACCGUUCGUUUAUUCAAGAGCAAAAGCACAUACAAAGGGUCGAACCAGAUAGGAACAGCUGGCCAAGAUGGAGAGAACACACCCACGAGACAUGCAGUCAAUGGCAGUUCGCGCAGCAAUCAAAAAGACACGGGACGCCGCAGCCGCUAUGCACACCACUGCAGCAUCAUCACGUUCUACACACAGUCUCCUCACGCGCGGUGUGAGGAUAGCUCGAUCCCUCCUUACCACGCGAUGUGUCCAGACAGAGAGUCUCAACACCUGUGAGAAGCCUGCUGCAUCGUCGGGCACGGUUCUGGGAAUAAUUAUUGCGUCUGGAAUUGUCGGUUUCUUCCUUGUCCUGGCCAUCCUGUACUGGCUCCACCGCCGCGGUAAGAAGCGUGAUGCAAACGAGUUCGCCAACGAUCCCCACGAGCUUUCCGACUACGGUCUCGACGAUGCACCUGUCACUAAGAAGGGCGGCAAGAGGGGAGACGGUCUGAGCGCACCCGACUUGCAGCAACACCGCCUGUCGGCACAACAGCUGAUGGAGGCACAAAACCCCUUCGGCACCGGCGCCGAGCUGGCCGAUUCGGACCGUGUCGAGAGCAAGGGCUCCCCGCCGCGGUAUCCCGGAGACGCUCACGUAAAAGCGUAGGGUGUGAACAAAGCGCUCCGAGGGGCACUGGAUGCUUGGGACAGGUCUUGGCGUGUUGAGAAGUCGUCCACGAGGUAUCUAGGCACCACGGCGGCAUAGGACA